AUGAAGGAGAUACUGCCCCACCUCACCCCUUUGUCCAUGGGAGACCUCGGUCCCCCUCUCCGCCCCCACUUGCUGCCCCACCAAAAGUAUCCGUGACCUUAUACACGAGUCCCAUCGACGCCCAGCUUCCCAAACUGCAUGGUUUGAGUUUUCCUUGCCCUGCAUCCAGAGCUCAGCCUCGCUCAGCCUUUUCUUUCUCCCCAAAGGUAACGGGUCAGCUGGAGAAACCUCACUUGGACUCGCGGAGCCUGGUGUUUGAGCUGGACCCAUGCGGAGGGAAUGGGAAGGUCUGCCUUGUGUACAGGAACACCAAGUCAGGUAUGUUGUGUGAUACCAGCAGCCCAAGAGCUGCCUGCGCUAAUCGACCCUGUCUGCAAACCCGUUCGCUUUUGCCUUUGUGGGAGAUGUUUUGGACUACUGUUCCUAGCACCAUACAGUUGUGCUGGCUGAGACUGAUGGGCUUUGUAGUCCAAAACAUCUGGAGGGCACCAGGUUGACAAAGGCUGUUAUCUAUCAUGGCCUUUGAUGAAGUCUUCCUGAAGCAAGCUAUGCCUGGCUUUCAUCAUUUCCCAUUAUUAUUAUUAAAAUUUGCAUACCGUCCUUCAUCCACAAAUCUCAGGGCGGUUUACCACAUAAAACUGCAAUAUAAAAAACACAAAAUGCAUAAUAAAAAUAAGAAGAAAAACAAACAUCCCCCACCCAGCACAUUUAGAAAGCUGUCAGAUGUCAAUCAGCCAAAGGCUGAGUUGAAGAGGAACAUUUUCGCCUGGCACCUACAGAUAGGUAGCGAAAGUGCCAGGUGAGCCUCCCUGGAGACAGCCUUCCACAAACAGGGAGCCAUUGCAGAAAAGACCCGUGCUUGUGUGGCCACCCUCCGGACCUUUCGUGGAGGAGGCAGCCAAAGAAGGGCCUCAGAGGAUUAAUUUCCCUUGGAAACGCCUUUAUCCUUUGUAGAAAGCACCGAGGCCCAGUUCAUCAUCCCUAGGCCUCAGAGUUCCUUAUUAACCCCCCUUGAAAGGUUGGGUGGUCCGUUCUUCUCAUCCUGCGGUCUAAUAGUCUCUCUUCUCUCUUCCAGUUGUCACCCCGCAUUCUGAGAUCUGGUUUCUGGACUGA